CACAGCGCAAGUCAGUGCGUUCUUGGAAGCUGCUAUCAAAUGGGCUAUUGCCUGCCCAAAGAUGGCACAAAAGCAUUCGAGUGGUACAGAAAAGCGGCGGACCAAGGAUACGCUAUUGGUCAAAUCAACCUCGGCUUCUGCUACUACAAAGGUGAGGCUGUCGCCCAGGACUACACCAAGGCUGCUGUCGAGUGGUGGACCAAGGCGGCAAGCCAAGGGAAUGCUGUUGCCCAGUGCAGCCUCGGUAUCCGCUACUUCAAAGGUGAAGGUGUCGCUCAGGACUACGCCAAGGCUGUUGAAUGGUACACCAGGGCCGCAAACCAAGGGAAUGCUGCUGCCCAGUGCAGCCUCGGUAUCCGCUACUACAAAGGUGAAGGUGUUGCUCAGGACUACGCCAAGGCUGUUGAGUGGUUCACCAAGGCCGCUAUUCAGGGAGAUGCCAAUGCCCAGGAUUGGCUCGGCGAUUGUUACCGUGACGGCAAGGGUGUUACCCAGGACUACACCAAAGCUGCUGAAUGCUACACCAAGGCCGCCAAUCAGGGGAAUGCAAAUGCUCAGUUCAGCCUCGGCAACUGCUACUACAACGGCGAAGGUGUAAUCCAGAACUAUGCCAAGGCUGUCGAGUGGUGGACCAAGGCGGUAAGUCAAGGGAAUGCAGCUGCCCAGUGCAGCCUUGGCAGCUGCUUCUACGACGGUCAAGGUGUCGCCCAGAACUACACCAAGGCUGUUGAAUGCUACACCAAGGCCGCAAGCCAAGGGAAUGCAAAUGCUCAGUUCAGCCUCGGCAACUGCUACUACAACGGCGAAGGUGUAAUCCAGAACUAUGCCAAGGCUGUCGAGUGGUGGACCAAGGCGGCAAGCCAAGGGAAUGCUGUUGCCCAGUGCAGCCUCGGUAUCCGCUACGAGAACGGCGAAGGUGCCGCUCAGAACUACACCAAGGCUGUUGAGUGGUUCACCAAGGCUGCCCAUCAGGGGGAUUUAAAUGCCCAAAAUUGGGUCGGCAUCUGCUACGAGAACGGCCAUGGUGUGACCCAGGACUACUCCAAGGCUGUUGAGUGGUUCACCAAGGCUGCCAAUCAGGGGGAUGCUGAUGCUCAGAACCAACUCGGAGAGCGCUAUUACUACGGCAAGGGUGUCACCCAGAACUACACCAAGGCUGUUGAGUGGUUCACCAAGGCCGCAAGCCAAGGGAAUGCAAAUGCUCAAUUCAGCCUCGGUAUCCGCUACUUCAAAGGUGAAGGUGUGACCCAGAACUAUUCCAAGGCUGUUGAGUGGUUCACCAAGGCCGCUAUU